CGAACUGGAGCAGCGGGGAGACUGUGGGAGGAGCGACGGGUUGAGAUCCAGGUGUCCGAGCCUGCGUAAAAACGCACCAAACACAAGUCAAAACCAAAAUAGUGAGUUUCAUAGAAAAAAGAUCAAUUCGCGCACUCCAGCCACUUCUAUGAAUGAACAACCUGUGUUCCAAGAACGUCUCCUGGAUCUGCUGCUGCAGAAAUAACCAAAAGAACGGAACGCGCUGCGGUGGUGCGUUGCUGCCAUCUCCACAGAAAACGGACAAAACAGGACCAGACGGUUCAGUGUGAACUCCAGAUUAGUUACCGAAGGAGGCAACUUUUAUUUUAACGAUCAAGGCGGCUUGUUUCAGCGACAAGUGGAGAUAUGUUCAAGAAAAGUAAGAGUAAAGUGCUGGUGGAUUAUGCGUCAGAAGAAGACGACAUGUCCUGGCACUAUCAUCACUCCUACAAGGACAAAGACAUAGAAGGAGAGGAAGAGGAAGAAGAGGAGGAACCUGUCACUGCAGUAUCCAAGGAGGCCAAGGUGAAGAAGAUCAUGUCCAAGAAAGAGAAGAAGGAGAAGAAGAUGUUCUCCUCUAAAGAUGAUGAGCACUUCUUGCUGACCGGAGUAAAGCUGGCAGACCGCAGAGGGUCUCACAAGAAAAUCAAGGAGGACGAGAAGGAGAAGGAAAAGAAGGACAAGCCAGACAAGGGCCACUGUUUCUGGGAGAGUGUUACCAUGACGAUGAGGCAAAUCUCCCCCGCCAAAAAACUGGAGAAGAUGGAGGGCUGGGAGCCGCCUCACCUGGAGAACUUAACUGAGACUGUGACCGACGAAGCCCCAGAGGACAAGACCCAGAACGGGGGCUCGCCAGUGUCCUUCCCCAACUCUCUAGGGCUCCCGUUGGAACUGGCCUGGACGGGCCGGGGUCUUGAGGAGGACUCCUCCCGCUACGCUAAUCUGUCGGACUCCAAGGAUUCAACAGCUGCCGUCAGGUGGACAGCCCGCGCCAAAGUCAAGCUGGCUGGCAUCAGCAGGAUAAGCAGAGGGAUUGUGUCAGAAAGUGCUUGGGAGGGGUUUAAAUAGGAGCCAUUUAACCUCCUAUGCCCCUCCCUCCUCACCAAUGUACCAUCAGUAAAGAGGAUGAAGACCUGAACCAAAUAUCUGCUCGUCCCUGUUAUCUAGUUCUGGAUAAAAACAGUGUUAAUGUCAACUGUUAUUGAGAUGCUGUUGUAAAGCCCUGAACACAACACAUAACAUUUGUCCCUAUAGUUUGAGCUUUGAAGACCUUAAAGACAACAUGUCAGUUUUAUGAAUGGGCUUUUUUUUGGCUACUUUGAAAUCACUGACAUAAACUAUAAAUUAUAACAAAUAAAAGCCUUAAACUACUGUACAAUUUUAACUUUGAUAUCAGCAGGCCUGCCAUUUAGACAUGUUAUAUUGCCAAAAAAUGCGUAGAGUGAUUUUUUAAUUAUUGUGGUCAGUGGUAGAGAAUCAACACAAAUAUGAAAACCUGCUACUGAAGACUUGUUUUUCAAUUCUUUUUUGUCUAUGCAGUUACAGCCUCUGUAUUCUAUACAUUAAAAUGGGCUUAAAAUAUCGUGCAAUCAUGAAACAAUUUAUGAAAUACGUUUGAUUGGGAAUAUCUGUGUGUUUGUAUGCGUGCGUGUGAACAAGAGGUGAAGGAGAGGAUAUGAGUUUGUUGCUAGACAGGCACAUACUAGUAUAAUAGAAUGAGAUUUGAAGUUCUGUUGUUGUGUUGGGAAUAUGUAGGGGGAAUAAAUCUAAGCAACCGCUACAGUUUAAAUCCAAUGUUGAAUAUUUUUUUUAAAUUUGUAAUAACAAGAUGACAAUGACAAGCCAAACUCUGUGUAUACUUGUUUCUUGAGAACAGCAGUUAAUCCAUGCCCCUGUGUGCCUUGUAUCAAUAAAAUGACAUUAUGUGUUUGUACAUUUAAUCUAGACAAAAAAGCUGAGCAAAAAAAACUGCUGAGCUCAUCACAAUGUCUACGCACGUGGGUCAACCCAGCAUGAAUGUGUGCUGCAUCAGCCAUUAAAGUGCUCAUAUUACGCUUUUUCCCUUCCCUUUUACUUUAUUGUGUUAUAUAUCUUUUUGGUGCAUGUUAUAGGUUUAAAAAGUGAAAAAGCCUAAAGUCCACCCCUUCUCCAACAGAAAACACAGUUCACAAACUGCUCCAAACAGCUCUAUUAGGUUACAUGUUACUAGAAGGUAUCUACAUAAGAGUGACAUGACACUGUCAUGAACGUGUCAAAACAUUAUAAACAAGUCAUAAACGUUUCUGACAUAACGCUUAUUUUUGUGUCAUUCGGUUUUGUUAUGACAAGUUAGGUUUAUGGUUAGGAUUCAUGGGUCAUGACUGUGUCAUGACAAUGUCAUGUGUUCAUGCUGGUGUCAUGUCACUCUUAUGUAGAUACCUUAAAGUAAAGUAUUACCCUCUAUUAUAGUCCAUCCUUUACUUCCGUGACAAACUUGGGUCACUUUGUAACACAUGUUGUAAUGCUUGACUAGCUGCUAGUGUGGGACACCCUCAUGCUCUGCUUCUGACUGGCUAGCAGUCCUUACCUAGGUACUGCGCAAGUUUAACUUCCAACAAAGAUGGAAUAGAAGUGAGCUGCCUCACUUAUAUUCUACUCAGCUAAAACAGAGAGCUCAACACACAGGGUGAAAAGAAGAGCUGCAGCAAUGUAUAGUACAACAAAAAUAUGGUGUUUUUUGAAAAUUAAACCAUUCUGGUAAACCUAUUCUGGUAUAACCUCUAAAUAUAAUUACAAACAUGAAAAUGAGCAUAAUAUGAGCAUUUGAUGAGCAAAGGAAUUGGUUUCCAAACACUGGAUGCUGUUAGCUUCACCACAACAGAAGUGUUUUUGCACUGCGUUUUA